CAGGGCGCUGCCUGCGUUUCCCGUACACGAGGACUAGCCUGGCUGAUCAACUCGCUCUGGGUCACAUUUCCUUCUUUCGAUACUUCAACUGCAGCUCCUAUCCAGCAUUCCUUUGACUAAUCCUGGAGGAAAUAAACAAAACCUUAACUCCUAUUAAGAGGCAUCCGCAAACCAACCUGGCCGCCGAGGAUCCGUUCUUUAGAAACAGUAUAUCCACCAGCUCCCCAUGACGUGAACCAUUGGCCUUCACCUGGACCAUGCUUCUUGUUUGUAUAUGAUCCUGGUGUGGGAAUUUGAACGACUGAAAGUACCAUCCACGGCCCUGCUGCACUCCACCACACGUUGCCUCCACGAUGGGCCAUGCCACCCCCUUCCAGAAAGAAGCAUGGGCGGAAUAUGGCAUAGGCGUAGUCAUUAUAUUCCUCCGUAUUUUUGCCCGCUUUAGAGUGGUCGGGGUCAAAAACUGGCAAGGAGAUGACUACUUCGCGUUUGUAGUGCUCGCCUUCUGGACUGCAGAAUUGACCAUGCUGGAACUGAUCGGCCAGUAUGGCACCAACAUCGGUCUCAGUGAUGCCCAAAGGGCUUCGCUGACCCCCGAGCAAAUCGAGAUUCUUGCCCGUGGUUCCCGAUGUCUUCUCGCAGGCUGGACGUGCUAUGUGACCCUGAUUUGGUCGCUGAAGGCCUGCAUGCUAUUCUUCUACAACCGCCUCACCCUGGGCCUCGUUCAGCAAAAGCUCGUCAAAUUCAAUGCCGUGCUUUGCGCUUCCACGUACAUUGCCGUCAUCCUGACCAUCUUUCUACACUGUCGGCCGCUGCACAAAAACUGGCAGGUGUAUCCAGAUCCCGGUCUCAACUGCUCUGCCGACUACGUGAACUAUAUCGUCAUUGCAGUGACGAAUGUCACGACAGACGCAAUUCUCGUGUGCAUCCCGAUCCCAUUAUUGAUUAAAGUGCGACUCGCAUUACGCCGAAAGCUGAUUAUCGGACUCCUCCUGUGCGGCGGUGUCUUCGUCAUGAUCGCAACGCUGCUGCGCUGUAUUCUGUCCCUGCAAAGUAUCAACAGCAUCAACACCAGUACCAUCUGGGCUAUUCGCGAAACGUUCGUGGGCAUCAUCGCCGUCAACGCCCCCUGCAUCAAACCGCUCUUCAGCAGCUCGACCUGGCUCGGGUCCUCCGGGGACCCGUAUGCGUCCUCGCGAAAGAAGGGCAGCUACAGUCUGUCGGCGUUCGGCAAGUCGAAGCCGAGUCAGUUGGAGUCGACGCGGAGUACGAAGGUGGGCGGGCGAUCCAGCGAUGAGUUCAUCCUUCGCGGUGGCGGAACGCAGACGGUUGUCAACGAUGGGCAGACGGGGCGGUCCGAGAGCCUGUCAGAUGAGGAGGCGGGAAGGCACCCGAUGGGGGGCAUUCAGGUUACCACGAUGUAUGAGAUUCGCAGAGAUGGGUCUCAACAUGCGUGAUUGAGUUUGGAUUAUCCCUUUACGUAACUUGUGGG